AUGGCUGCCUUCACAACAGCUGCCUCUGAGUUUCAAGGCUUUCAGGGCCUGACCCUUCCAGAUGAGACCCAGCCACGAUUGUACAUUGGUCCGAAGGAGGCCCUCUCAGAUCCGCGUGGAUUGCAAAGGCAAGGCAUUACCCACAUCCUGUCGGUGAUGGAGGGUGCCUCCGCUUUCCAAGUAGAUGCCGGAUUCACUCGCUUGCUUCUUGACACUGCCUUGGAUGAUCCGGCAUUUGAUCUGCAAUCAUGGUGGCCCAGCUGCUGUGACUUCCUAGAUGGUGCGCUGGGUUCUGGUGGCUCGGUUCUGCUGCACUGCGACGCCGGCAGCUCCCGCAGUGGCGCCACGUUGGUUGCAUACCUCAUCCACCGCUUGAAGCAGCCCGCUGGUGAGUGCCUCGCCAUGGCACAGCGCACACGCGUUGCAGUCUCACCGAACGAGGGCUUCUGGGCACAGCUUUUGUCAUGGGAGCGCAAGUGCCUUGGCAGAGUGUCGCUGGCCACUUCUCGAAUGCACGAGGUUCGACCUGGCUUGUGGCUUGGCUCACUGGAGGCGGCCCAAGAUUGGCAGCGCCUACAGGAGCAAGGCAUUCGCCACGUGAUCACGUGUGGCCGUGGGCUUGAGACAUGCCUCCCCGAAGGGAUCACUCGGGAACUGUCCCUGCAAGUCGAUGACUUGGACGAGGUGGACAUCUUGGAGCACCUGCCGAGGGCAUCGGACAUUCUGGACCAACUGUUAGGUCGCAUGCAAAGCGUCUUGGUACACUGUGCCAUGGGGCGGUCUCGCAGUGCCGCAGUGGUCAUAGCAUACAUCAUGCGGAAGGAACACUUGUCAUACACAGAGGCUUUGAGCUCGGUACAGGCAGUCCGGCCUGAAGUUCAGCCGAACACGGGCUUCAGCCACCAGCUUGCUUGGUAUGCCUCGAUGGGCUGCCCCACGGAUUUGCGGGACAGCGCAGGGACGUCCUACAGGGAGCUUGCCGUGUUUUCCAAGCUGCUUCGGAGAUACAGUGCCUCGGAUGUCAUUGCUUUGGUUGCCGACGCUGGGGCCAACUGCCAGGACAGGGCAGCGCUCCAUCGUGUGCUUGACGCCCUGGACCGCUUGCAGAAUGCGAUUCCCGAGGACGAGUCUGCGCGUCAGGAGAAGCGGCGGCAGAGUUCACGAAUAAAUUCCAUUCUUGACACGCUCCCUUAG